ACCCUGCAUUGCUGCUGAACAAUUUCUUCAGCCACCAUUCAGUAUCUUCUUCAACUCGUGUCCCGGGAUCGUAUGCUUUCUAUUACAUAUGAAAGGCAUCGUUUAUGCGGCUAUGUCGAACCGAAGAAUAUAACUGCCAUCUCAGUCUGAGUCAUUGCUGGAAAACUUCCCCUCUCCCUCAGGUUUCGGUUCUUCGUCUCUGCUUUGUUCUAAGUCUUCCACUUUCAACCAUGCCAGACUCAAUACACUCCGAGAAAACAACUGUAGAGCAGUCGGAGAAACUUCGAGUCAAGUCGUACAAAGAGGCUGUCUCGAUUUCACCAUCCAUCAACGAUGCAGAAGAAACCUCUGCUAUUCAAAAUGUACUGGAUCUGGAGGCGUAUCCAGAUGGCGGUCGUGCAUGGCUUGUUGUACUGGGCUGCUUUAUAUUCUCUGCCGUAACGGUCGGCUGGGGGCUAGCAUGGGGUGUAUUCCAGGAUUACUACUCUGAACAUACCCUGGCGGGCACAUCCGAAACUGUUCUGAGUUUGUUAGGUAGUAUGCCUGGCUUGAUCAUGACGAUAUUCAGUGUUGUGACAGGCAAGCUGGGUGACAGGUAUGGGUACAAACCGUUCCUUGCAGUGGGUGCAGUGUUCUGGGUGGCAAGCAUGGUGGGAACCGCAUUCAGUACAAAGUUAUGGCAUUUCUUCAUCACACAGGGGAUCUUGCAAGGCACAGCAUGUGCUCUCGUCUUCCCACUUAUCGUGGCGCUCCCGGGGCAAUGGUUCCUAAAGCGAAGAGCGUUCGCCAUUGGUAUCAUUGUUGCCGGAAGUUCUCUAGGCGGCGCAAUAGGUUCUCUAAUACUGCGGGCAAUGCUCUCCGCCCUAGGCCUACGCCGUGCCAUGGCCAUAUAUGCAUGUAUAGAUGCCACCAUGCUCUCGAUAGCCUUCUUGUUGAUCAAGGAACGCCAUCUUCCAUCACUCCCCGGCUCAGUUAGCAAGAAGAUCGUCUGGUUCGAUCGCACCUUUCUCGUAGACCCCGUCUUUUGGAGUCUCGGCAUCUGUCUAUUGCUAUGUAUCUUUGGAUACCUUCCGCCGAUAUUCUAUUUGGCGACUUUUACUAAAGCUAAAGUCCCUAAUGUAACUCAACUCAAUUCAGCCCUUCCGGUCACGAUUCUCAACCUUUCCGCUGCAGUUGGCCGAACUAUCAUCGGUUUCAUAGCAGACCGUGUAGGUGCAGUAAAUGCCCUCUUUUGCGUGGCUGUCAUGUCCGGGUUGAGUCAGUUGUUGGUAUGGACGUUCGUGACGAAUUACGGCGGUAUUAUGGGCUUCGCGGUUCUCUACGGCUUUUUCUGCGGCUGUGCAAUAUCCCUUUCCCCUGCAGUCGCUGCCCGUCUUUACGGCCCCGGUCGGUUGGCAGGCCUGUCGGGAUUAUUGCUAUUAUUCAACAUUCCAGGGAACGGUGCAGGCGCACCAGUUAGUGGCGCGGUCUUGCGUGCAACAAAUAACAACUGGACGUUGGUGGCUAUUUUGAAUGGCGGAUGUCAGGUGGCUGGCGCCAUCUGUCUUCUUUACGCUCGGUUCAAACGGGCACCAAAGAUCCUCGCUGUCUACUGAGCUAAUUAUUGAGGUGGAACCGAUUUCAGGCGCCGCCGACUAAUGACUUACGACUAAAACGAUACAUCAUGCCUCGUUUCCGGUUUCAUCUUCGGUUCGUUGGAACAUCCCAUGACAGCACCAGCCAGGUGAAGUAAGUAUAUCGAGCUUAUCAUUAGGGCAUGACUACGGACAUAGCGACUUCUGGAGACAUGAUAGAUGGCUGAUUCGAUCACCCUUAUUUGAUUCCAUAGAAUUUCGACAUUUGAUUUUCUUUAUAGAUUCACAUACCUUCACCAAUAGACACACCUAUACUUUGGGUCGACUGUAGUAGUUGGCUUUCAGUCUCAACUUUGAAGGGAGUCGACUCAUAAGGCGUGAACUUAACACAUUAGGUUCAAAGAAGGUUAUUGUUUGCCGCGAAAUGUUCCAUUCUUGGACCAUCGUCAUCCAAAUCGAAAUCUCAGCCUCUUAUUGUCAUUGGAAUAAGUUUGGCGUGUCCUU